AUGCUGGACUCCAAGAUUCUUGUUUUCUUUGUUGGGUUGACGGGUGCAGCUGUCCUGGAUCUGAGGCACGAGACUCCCACCGCGACUGUUCCAGACUAUUUCCAGACUACUCCUCAGAUCUUUGCCGGCCCAACCACCACCGGCCUGAUUGCACCUUUCCUGGCGCAGACCAAUCCUGCUCCAUUUGGCCAGGAAGCUUCUUUUGUUGCAAAUGCGCCACUCGAGACCAACGUCCCUAUCUCAGGCAACACGAAGAAUGCAAGUAUCUUCCAACUUCAUGGUCAAUUGAGUUCUUAUUUCCCCAACCCGAAUGGCUUCGGUGCCAACGAGUAUCCGCUGCCGCCGGGGGCGAACAUCUCAAUCGUGAAUUUACUCCACCGUCAUGGAGCUCGAUACCCUACAGGAACAUCUUCGGUUGCGUCUUUCGGCAGUAAACUUCAUAACAUUACGGCGAACGGGACGGCAAAAUGGUCGGGAGAGCUGAGUUUCCUGAACUCCUGGAAAUACCAGCUCGGCGCGGAGAUUCUAGUGGCUCGUGGACGACAGGAGAUGUUUGAUUCCGGCGUCCUCUUUUAUUACAAUUAUGGCGCCCUCUACAAUACGUCGACCAAGAUCAUUGCUCGAACGACCACCCAGGAUCGAAUGCUCAAGUCCGCCGAGUAUUUCAUGGCGGGAUUCUUUGGACUCGAGUGGACGCACAACGCCACCUUGGAACCGAUUCUCGAACAGAACGGGUUCAACAACUCAUUGGCGGGUUACUACCAAUGUAAUAACAGCAACUCGUGGCAAUCUACAGGUGGAAAUAAUGCGUCUUUGGUGUGGGAGAACAUUUACCUCGCUGAUGCAACCAAGCGACUCAAGGCUCUGGCGGGUGGAUAUAAUUGGACCGUGGCCGACACAUACAAUGCGCAAACUCUCUGUCCGUAUGAGGAAGUGGCGUUGGGCUACUCUCAAUGGUGCGAUCUCUUCACUUUCGAGGAAUGGCAGGGAUUUGAAUACAGCAUCGACCUCCAGUUCAACGGCAACAAUGGGUUCGGAUCUCCCACAGGACGAGGAGUCGGCAUCGGUUAUGUCGAGGAAUUGUAUGCUCGUCUGUCGGGCCAUUUGUAUGAUUUGCCGCCAGGGUCGACGAAUGUCAACACAACACUGGACGAGAUGAGCUCGACGUUCCCUCUCAAUCAAACCUUGUAUUUUGAUUUCUCUCAUGAUACCAACAUCAUGUCGAUCAUUACAGCAUUUGGUUUGAAGCAGUUUGCACAGCCGCUACCAUCGACGGGUCCUCCCGCAAACCAGCAAUUGAUUGUAUCUCACGUGACCCCAUUUGGAGCACGGAUGGUGUGGGAAAUCAUCCGUGCACCUCACCCGGUCAAGGCGGCUCGACCGACCAGCACCAAUGCCACGACGUCCGACUAUUAUGGCAGUGGAAGUGCUACAACAUACGCACACCUAAUGAUCAACCAACGCACAGUGCCAUUGCACAAGAGCUAUCCAUCUUGCGAACAAAGAGAUGACGGCUGGUGCGAGUUGUCAACCGUAAUGAAAGUCUGGAGUGGUCUUCUAGAAACCGCGCGCUAUGAGUACAGCUGCUUUGGCGACUAUCCGUCAGUACCAUAUGGAGAUGUCACUAAUGGAGUACCGACGGUUAAGCGGGCACUGGGAGGGGCCUUUGGUGCCGGGAUUGAGAUAUACGAGAGCAGUGAUAGGUGGAUUGUGUAA